AGGAGACUUCUAACCUCAAGAACCGCACUCUCCUGGAAACUCACCCAGAACCUCCACCCUCUGACACCAUGGUCAGCUCCUGUUGUGGCUCCGUCUGCUCUGAGCACAGUUGUGGCCAAGGCAUCUGCCAGGAGACCUGCUACCGCCCCAGCUGCUGCCAGACCACCAGCUGCAGGACCACCUGCUGCCGCCCCAGCUGUAGUGUGUCCAGCUGCUGCCACCCCAGCUGCUGCCAGUCUGUGUCCUGCCAGCCCACCUGCUGCCGCCCCAGCUGCUGCAUUUCUAGUUGUUGCCGCCCCUCCUGCUGUGGUUUCAGCUGCUGCAGGCCCCAGUGCUGCCAGUCUGAGUGCUGCCAGCCCACCUGCUGCAUUUCUAGCUGCUGUCAUCCCUCUUGCUGUGGCUCCAGUAGCUGUGGUUCCAGCUGCUGCUGCCCUUCCUGCUGCCUACGUCCAGUCCGUGGCCAGGUCUCCUGCCACAUCACUUGCUACCCCCCCACCUGUGUCAUCUCCACCUGCCCCCGUCCCGCGUGCUGUGCCUCUUCCUGCUGCUGAAUCUCUGCCUGUAAUCUUUGUCACACUAUGGAUGUCCACACAAGCCAUAUAAAAUGUGUUGGAGCCAAACAGUGAUCGGGGAAUGGACUCUUAGCUGCCAACCCUUCUGAUUUGGCAUUCAGAGUUGGUGUUCAGUUCUAGGAAAUGAUGGAUGAAAACACAUUUGUCAAAUGAUUUUAACCCAGGCCCAAAUGCAUCUAUUUUCAGACCAGCAAUGUCUUCAUCCUAAGUAUACACUGAUUGUGAUGAUCUCGUAUUACGUUGUUUCCAUGUGUUCUUGAUAAACAGCCAUUUCCCCUG